CCGUCUGUUUUGGCCUGAACCUACGGUGGCCCGUGAAGGACAAUAAGCACCGGUGCGCUUACUGCACGCCAAAACCGAGCUUCAGAAGGUAGUUAUAGGCGGCGACUAGCAACGUUUUGUUCUCCAUCAAAGGCAAUUGAGAUUUUCGGUACCAGCAUGAGGACCAAAGGCUUCUUGCAGCCUGUCUGUGCUGCCGUGGCGCUACUGAUGAUAGUCGAGCUGCUCUGUUUCAGGCUGACUGAAGCGAGCCAGGAAACUGGGACUGUCAUCCCGGCCGAGAGCAGACCCUGUGUGGACUGCCAUGCUUUCGAAUUUAUGCAGAGGGCAUUACAAGAUCUGAGGAAGACGGCCUUCAACCUUGACUCAAGGACAGAGAGCUUGGUCCUGCGGGCAGAAAGGAGAGCCCUGUGCGACUGCAUGCCCACCAACACACUCAGCUGAGCAGAUGAACCCCACCCGCACUCCCAUGAUGCCCAGUCCCAAAUGCACGUCCUUCCAUGACCUUCUGUGCUGGAGAUAGCCACAAACUCUAAUCAUCACUUCAAAGUAAAGCUUAGACAGGCCUGAUAGUGUGUCUGUAUUUCUUAAGUACCCCAAAUGUUUUUAUAAAAGCUUAUAUAUUAACUAACUGUUCAGCUUACAAGAGUAUUUACAAUGUAGGUAUGCUUUGAGAGUUAAGUGGGUCUGAUUAUUGGUUUCGGAAAUGAUUUCUAAAUUAUUAAAUAGCUAGACUGUUUAAGGAAUUAAUAUGAGGAAAAAAAUAAUGCGUAGUGAUAAAUUUAACAGUAAUUCUUUUUACUGCUUAAUGUUUUAGAUUAAAUUAGCUUUGUACAUUAGUAUGAACUUAUAGCAUCUCGUGGUUCUUCACAGUGAGUUGGACUUGUGGUGUAAAUCUCAUUUUGUAAGGGAAGGUGCCGUCACUGAUAACGGCACGCACAGAGGUCAGUCCCUUUGAGUCUUAAAUACCUUUAGAGUGUUUCACAGAACAGCCGGGGGGUUUGCUGGGUGGCGAUGGGGGUUCAGUCAGCAUGUACCUGAAGCCCCCCCCUCCGCCGGCAGCCGCCCCAUCCUGCCCCGUACCCACACCUUCAUCCCGUACCACCCGGACAGACGGCAGAGGACCGAAAUGCUCGCGGCUGCCGGGAGGGGCUGAGCGUUAAUCGCUAGUCAUCUCGUCUCCCGUAACACCUGUUGACGUUUUAGUUGCCUACAUGUUCUGUGCUUGGGCAGCGGAUGAGCUGUAAUCGUUAAUAAUCGUCCUAUUGGCAUCUCCAGCAUUAAAACAGUUUUCCCAC